AGAUCUAUGUGUUAUGACAUAACCGCACGGAUCAACACUGAAUUUCAGAUGACGUCGCAUCUUCCACUAAACCUAGGAUUAAGUUGAAUAUUUCAAAAAAUUAGACGUGGCCAGCACCAGGCUAUAGUUUUAUGAUUGCGUAAAUGUUGGAGAUGGAAAUGUAUCAGGGUGAUUAGAAUAUAGUUCUGUUAUGUUUGUGACAAAUACUGAAGCUAGGCACAAAUAAGUAGCCUUAUAGGUUUGAUAAUUCCCUCUCAUUUGAUGGAGGCAGGACUGUGCGUGGGAGGUGUUUAGAUAUUAAUGAUUGGGGCGGAGUUUAGGAUCAUUCUGUUUAUGUUCCCUGUCAUCAUCCCGUUCAGUCCGAGAAGCCUACUGUAACUAGCUGAAACGAUGUUGACGCGAAUGUUUUCGAAUGAGAGCUACGGACGAAAGAUGUGUUGAUGUGUUUCUCGUUCUAAAUGCAAUUCUUUCUCUCUACGCGAUUGUGCUGCGUAGAGAGAAAGAGAUGGGCUGAAACGUGCUCCCUAGAAGUGACGAUGAAGAGAUCCCAACAACGACAACAUAAAAACCGAUGGUAAUUCUUGAACGUACUGAGAAGUUGUCUAUCAGCACAUAAAAAUGUGAUGGGUGCGAACGUCGACAAAGACAAGAGACAGAGCCCAUCUGUGGACAGGUCAACUGUCCCAGGAUGGCAAGUGUUCCUGUCUGUCUCCGGAGUGCUUCGCAAUCGGCACCUAAGCGCACUCAGCCAGCCCACCAGCCGGCGAAUGCUCCAAGACAGACAGUCCUCCAUCCCCGAGUCCCUGCUACCGGAUCCUGAGAGGCCUCGUAUGGAGUGGACUCUCCCUGGCUUCAUUUCCCUCUUUCUGCCAGAAUUCCCACACCGGAACUUCCCUGGACAAUUCAACUUCCAGAUACUGGAACUCAUAGCCAAAGGCUCAUUUGGGCCCAUCCUGAAAGUAAAGGAUUGUUCAGGGGAGAAAAUAUAUGCAGUCAAGGUUUUGCCCAAGUCUGAGAUACUGAAGCAUGGUGUGCUGGAGCAGUCAAAGGAAGAGGUCAUCAUUCAGAGGCAGGUCAGACACCCAUUUCUUCACAAUCUCCUGGACUGCUGGCAGACUCAGCGCCACCUCUUUAUUAUGUGUGACUACUGCAGCACUGGGGACUUGUACACCUACUGGACUCUGAACGGCCAGUUUGAGGAGGCCGAGGUGCGGGUGUAUGCAGCAGAGCUGGGCUGUGCCCUGGGGUUUUUGCACGAUUUUGGGAUCAUGCACAGAGAUGUGAAGAUGGAGAAUGUUCUCUUGACUGACCAAGGUCACCUGCGCUUGGCUGACUUUGGGCUGUCUCGUCGCUUGGAGCGUGGGGGAAGGGCAUACACCAUCUGUGGGACAAUCCAGUACAUGGCUCCGGAGGUCCUGAGUGGAGGUCCUUACAACCAUGCUGCUGAUUGGUGGUCCCUUGGGAUCCUGCUGUAUGCAUUGGCCACUGGAAAGUUUCCCGUUCCACCAGAGGCCAAUCAUGGCAGAAUGCUGGGAAGAGUGAGAAGAUGUACAUAUGAAAUGCCAGACACAUUCAGCCAAUCACUGUCCCUGCUUGUCACAGAUCUCCUCUGCAAGACUCCACUCCAGCGUCUGCACUGCUUGGAGCGCUUUAAGAUGCAGCGCUUCUUCUUUGGCACGUCCUUUGACUCUCAGCUCCUGCAGAAGAGGCCCAUGGAGCUAAUCUUGGAGCUGAAGAACCACCCCGACCGCCCGGAGAAGGCCAGGAGGGGCGUGACAGAGGACGCCUUCCAAAGCUUUGAUUAUGACUUGUUCAGUUCCCUGUCUGCCCUAUCGGACUUGUCACCAACCUUAGCCAAUGCUGAGAUGAGCCAGGACCUAACUGGAUAUGAGUCGCUGCACAUGUGGCAUUCACAUAACGGACUGCCUCACGUCGAGAGAAACGCCACGUUUGUUUGAGAGUUGAUUGGUGCCAUUCUCCCAUAAAUGCCUGAUUUUCAAGAGGUUUUAUGUUUUUUUGUUUUCUAUUAAACCAAAUACCUCCCAGUACCCUCUCUGUCUAAUACCCAAUGUUCAGUUUUUUUUUUACUGACCAUUUCAUCACAGAUUGUCAUUUUUCAAUAAAUAAACCUUUGGUGAUUGACAGUA